GAUUUUUGCUUUUGUAAUGUCGAAUUGUUGAGUCGGCCAUUUGUAACAACCACAGCUGUGUUUCGUUUUUAUAACAUCGUGUCGUCUGCUUAUAGAUUAAUUUAGUUUUAGUACAUUCUUAACUAAUAAAAAAUUACAAAAUGGUAGAAAAAGGUGAAAUGAAGGCAGAAUCUUUACUGAAUCUUGAUGACCUUCUACAAUGUCCAGUGUGCUACGAAAUACCUUCAGGACAGAUAUUUCAAUGCAACGAGGGUCACCAUGUUUGUGGUCGAUGCAAGAUGCGCCUGGACGUAUGUCCUGUUUGCCGCGCAUUAUUUUUUGGCACGCGAAACUAUGCGAUGGAAGAAUUAAUAGCCAAUUUUAGAAAACUACGUGCUUUUAAAUUAGGCAGCAAGGCUACAACAGGAUCUGGUUCUUCAGAAAACAGCACACCUGCUAAAGAGACAAUUUUAGCAGAAUGUGAAAAUGAUACUAAUGAGGAUGAAGAAGAAGAAAAUAAUUCUAAUGUUACAAAUGAAACAACUCAAAGAGCACCACAAGCUUGCAAAGGUCUUUUUCGUUGUCUUUGUUGUAAAAAUGGCAACGGAGAAAGAUUACCAGCUGCACGUUUACUUAAUCAUCUUCGUUACUUUCAUUCUCCAGAUUUACUUGAGGGUCGAUCUGAAAAUGGAGAAUAUUUACAAGCAUGGCAGAUUUCAACUAUACCUGGUAAUGUAGUGACUGCUGUCAGAAUAGCUGAUAUGGGUAUAUUCUUUCUGACUAUAGAAAUAUACAACGAUUCCGUUUGUGCGUGGCUGAGUAUGGCCGCAUCGCCUUGGGUAGCUCACACGUUUAAUUAUACAGUUACCAUUUGUGGUAAUGACCGUGAAGCUAUAUUUUCCGAUAGCGUAUGGUCAGUGAAAUCUUGCGAAGGUACAUUAAAAAAGCGCGGACACUGUCUAUUAGUUAAAGAAAUGGAUGCGAGGGCGUUGCUCGCCGCCGCCACGAUCAACGGCAAGUUGUCGGUGCGUCGCACGCCCCCCGACCAGAUCGUCAACCAAGCGCAGCCGCGCGCCGUCCUGAGGAUCGCCAACCGCGGCAACAACCAGAACAACUCCGACUUGGAACCUUUUCUACGGGACCUACAGGACGACGUCCAGAGAUUGUCUCGAGCGUUCAUUCGCGAAACGCGCGCUCUGGUGCGUUCCGAAGCCGAAAUACGAUCGAGAAUCGAUAAUUUGUCGAACACCAAUCCGACUCCGUCGAGAGAUCGCACCCAGGAGCUCGAAAUGGAAUCGCAGGCUCAAGCCGGUCAGACGUCAAACGACUCGCACCUCUCUCGGAGCGCGCGCAGACGCUUACGACAGCGCCUGCGGGCGGUUCUCAACGGGCCCGCCGCGGCGCAGAGCGUGGAGCAGGAGCCGCAUGGCGACGGGGACGCGCCGCCCUCGCCGCCGCCCGCGCCCCCCGCGCGCCCCGCGCCCUCGAGCGGGCCCUCGCAGCCCGCGAACGGUACUCGCAAUAAGAAAAAGCGCCGUCAACGCAGACGAGCGACUACUCGUUCUUAAAACUUAUAAUAAGUACCUAUUUGAGAAUCACUAUGUAAUGUUACGUUACUAGUUACUGUUUUACGAGUCUCUGAAAUUUCCUCUGGGGUUCUCCUGUGUAUAAUCUGUUUUAAUUGUAAAUAUUUUCGUCGUUUGACAUCGCAAUCUUUGCAAGUGCUGUGAUAAAUAAUGUAUACUGUGUUCGUGCAGUAUACGUAUGAUACUACUUAAAUAAUUCGUUGUGCAAAAUAUCCCCAGAGUGAGUAUUUAGUGCUUUAGCAAUUACAUAGAUGAAUUAUGAUAUUUUUUUUAUAGAUACAUUUCACGAAUUGUUAAUGACGAGCAUUUGUAUUAUUUUCAUUGUGACUCAUGAGGCAUUAUUGUCCUUAUUAGGAAAUAAAUAAUUUGACUACUAGAAGUAAUAAUUAAAUGAAUUUGCUUUUUUUUUCAUUGUAAUUGCAAAUUCUGAUGUAGAAUUAAUUUUACUGUUUAAUAAUAUGUUAAUCAAUUUGAUAACAAAUAGUUAUCAUUUUAAUAUAAGUCAUUACACAA